CGCAUCUCUACACGUCUCGAUGAAACAUGUGUGUUAUGACAUGAUCAUAUGAUUCUUCAGAUCGCGUAUUUUUCUUCGAGAUAUGGAAAACAAUGAAAAUGAGAUUUUGCAAAAUUUCAGAAACGCGAGUUGAAGGUUUCGUAAAGAGAUGGAGGACAAUGAUUCGUGCAAAUAUAACCGGAAAGUUGUCUCCUUCAAAGACUUUGGCAGAUUUAAACUGUCAGAAAAAAAAUACGACGAUAAUUCUCUCAACAUAUAUACAGCGAGGCUGAACGAUUUGCGAGAAGAUAUGAUACAUAGGGCGAAAUUAAAAUGGACCAACUAUUCGUAUAUAGAGAUCUCACGCUUGGCUUUGGAAGAUCCAGAGAAAUCUUAUAUUCUGAUAGGAGUACUCUAUAAGGAUCAGAAACUAAAACCUUCUUUACUGCGUGAACUUAGCAAGGAAUUACAGCUAAAAGUAGCUCAACCAAGUAAAAAUUACGCAUCUGCCAAUGACAAAUUAUUUCUGGAAGAUGAAACAUUACGUAUAAGAUUAGUAGGAAAUCAUGUGAAUGUUCAAGAAGUAGUUACAGGACUCGUCUGUGCUAUACUAGGGCACGAAGAAAAUGGAACACUUUGGGUAGAAGAUUGGUGUUUUCCAGGAUAUUGCCCGAAACCUUGUAUAUCAAGUGGCUCAUUGGUGGAAAAUGCAAAAAUUCUGCUAGUUUCUGGAUUAAAUCUUGUUAAUAACACAGAUCAGCUUAGCUUAGAUUUGCUUUCGGAAUGGAUAACUGGGAUGGCAGGUUGUAUCAAUGCACAAGAGGAAGAAGCAGUAAUUGCUAGAGUCAUCAUUGCUGGAAAUAGUAUUUGUGAUUCUGCAAAGAUAUACUAUCAUAAAGGCUACCAUGAAACAAAAUCGUAUGAUCAACACAAGAUUAAAGCAGACAUAACAGCGAUGCAUAAGCUUGACUCUUUCCUUAGUACUAUCCUCCAUUGCUGUUAUGUUGUGCUGAUGCCCGGAGAAUUCGAUCCUGCCUGCAAUUAUAGCAUGCCUCAGCAACCUUUCCAUCCUUGUACUCUGCAAAAGUCGGCCAGGUUGAAGAGCCUGCAUGGUGCGACUAAUCCGUGGAUCGGAGAUAUCGGAGGUCGUAUCGUAGCCGGUUCUUGUGGUAGACCGAUUGCGGAUAUCAUGAAAAUCGCUGGAUUAUGCGAAUUAUCUUCGUUGGAGUGGUUGGAGCGGACUUUGAUCUGGCGACAUUAUGCUCCAACUGGUCCGGACACUCUUCCGAUUCACCCAUUCUUCAAAAAUGACCCGUUCGUUAUGAAAGAAUGCCCGGAUAUAUAUUUUGCUGGAAAUAUGGAUGUAUAUGAUACGAAAUUGAUUACAACUGAUGAAGGACAAACAAUAAGGUUAAUAUGCGUUCCAAAAUUCUCGGAAACGAAGACAGCAGUACUAGUCAAUUUACAAGACCUGACGACACAGUCCAUUUCAUUUGGUGAUGGCUGAUACAGUUGUAUUAUAUUAUAUAAAAAAUAAAAAAUUACCGUGUCAGGGAAAUUAUGAUGAUAAGAAUAGAUGUAUAUAAUUUUGGAAUAUAAGAAACAUAAAUUAAUAUAAAACUUUACAGGAU